GUGUCUUUUUGGCUUUUGUAUACAUGGGCGAAAAAAAUUUUACGUUAUCUUAGGAUACGAAGUUUAAUGCAAAAAUCACAGAAACACAGCGUGUAAAGUGAGCAUUAGGUACACUUUUCUUUUGUUUAUGAAGUACACAGUGCAUACUGUUAUGAAACUGUAACAUUUUACUCUUAAGACUAUAUAUGUGUUUACUUAUUGAACAUAUAUGAUUUAAUACCACCAUUCGUGGAAAGUAUUUUUCCCGCCAAGGAAAAUGCCUGUGAAUAGCAGAGAAAUUAUCGAACUACUCUGUACUUUGUCAGAAGAAGAAAAAUUAAGAGUAACACUAAAAGAAUCAUUGAAAGGUGGUCUUAUAGCUGGAGGAUCAGCAAUUCUAGGUGGCUGUCUCUUAGGACCAAUUGGACUUGCAUUUGGUGGUGCUCUAGGAGGUAUAAUAGCUGCAGCUGCAUCACAUAAUAAAUUUUUACCAGCCUCUCAAGUUAUAGCAACAAUGGAGCAAGAACGAAGAGAUUACUUGGCUGAAAAAGUUCGAAAUAUUAUGCAGAGUAUUGAUGUGACUGAUAUUGCAGUGUUUGCUGCCAUGGUAUCAGGAGACAUUACUAUUAGGAGCAGAGUUAUGGAUGCUUUAAUCGGCUAUCUUAGGAAUGAAAUGUGUUUGGCUUUUGUUGAAUGAUACCUAAAAAGAGUUUGUUACUUUUGUUUGUUGUAAUAAAUCUUUCACCAUUUUAUGCAGACAUUAGUGGGACUUUGAGAAUUAUGUAAAUGCCACUGUUUGUUAUGUUUUGUUUUAUGAAAUCUCAUAAAAUAUUUUAAUAUUGAUUUCUACCUAAUUUUGUAAUAAAAAUGUUAUCUGUAAGAUAUUCUGUUAUUAACUGUUAUUCUUCAGCAUCAUAAAAAAAUUCAGCCCUGACAUGUUAGUUUUUCUUAAUGUCAUUAUUAUUAUUAUUAUUAUUAUUUUUUUUUUUUUUUUUUUUAAGAAUGUUUUUAAAAUAGAUCCCAUGAAUUAACUUUCUGAUUCAAAUUAAGAAUCAAUAUCCUAGACAAUUUCUAUAAGCUGUACAUCCUGUAAUUAUAUCUUCCCAUCAUACUAAGCACAUUAAAUUAUUCUAAUGAUGGUUUACACUGUUGAAUAGUUAUGUCUUGAAAAUGAUCCGGAGUUUAUAUGAAACUUCUAUUCUCCGAUAUUAAAAAUAAAGGUAGAUAUUGUAUGAUUUAUGCCUUAUUAAGACAAAAAAAUUCACUUUUUUAUGGGAACUCUAUAAAAAAGGAGAAAUUCUUUAUGCUAUGAUGCUAGUUUAAAGAAUAAAAUUCUGAUUAAUUGAAUAACUUAAUAAAAUUAAGUUAAUAUUGUUGAAAUUAUAAAGGAAAAAAUAAGUCUCCACUAAAUUAAAAAAGUAUAUCCUUUUUUUAAAAUUAUUUAUACAAAUUAAAUAAAUUAUUCUAUUGUAGAGCUCAACAGAACAUUACAGUUUAAAGUUAUAUAAAUGUAUAAUUUAAUGUUGUACAUUUAAUGUAUUUUUAGUUUUUAUAAUAAUAUUGAUAAUUUAUGUAUUUAUAUCUGCUAAUCUAUCUAUAUAUUAUACAUACAUGCAUACAAGAUGCCCCAUCAGUUUAUAAAUGUUUUGGAAAAUGUCUUUUUUUUUUUAGGAUUCAUACAUAAAUCAGACCUCUAAUGAACAGUGUAUAUAGGGUAUAUAGUGACAGUGAAAAAAUAAUGCUGUAAUGGUUGAUAUGUGGUAACUAAUAGAAAUAUAAUGUAAUUUUAUUAUAAUGUGAUAAUACGUUCCAGAAAAAUUUUGCUUUCCUUUUAAUUCACAUAGACAAAACAUUAAAAACAAUGUCAUACAAAAUGUUUAAAUUGAAGAUUGAAAAAAUUUAAAAAAUAAAUACAAGGACUGCACAAAAUAAAAGAAGUAUGAAAGCAGAGAUAUUAUGUACCUAAUAUGGUAUAUAAUCACAUUUAGCAUUUAAAACAGUCUGAAUUCUGUGUAAGAUGGACACAUACAAAUCUUGGCUGGUAGUGUAUUUACAUCAUUCUUCAUGCAAGUAAACUGCUUCAGUUUCUUAAGAAACUGGAGGAAGGUAAAGUGAUCUUCCUUCUUUUCAACAUAGCUAACAUAGACUGAUAAUUUUUACUUCUGGUUAAUGUGAAAGACUGAGCAAGUAUGUAAAUUUAAAAACAUAUAUUCAAUGAUUGCACAUUCCUAUGUCUAAAAAUUAAGAUGUUAUCUUUUGAAAGUUGUAGUACUCUGUUUUAAAUAACCGAAUAGACAUGGUUGUUCAAAUUGCUGUCACUGCUGAUCUUCCCCCUCCCAAAUGAUGGUGAUGAGACCUGUUGAAAACUAUAUUAUAACUGUUGGCAGUUUGACUAGAUCUCCACCACGUUUUAAUGCAUGUUUUGUUAUGGGCAAAAUCGUGAAGGCUGAUUUACUUCCAGUACUUUUUUAAAUAUAAUAAUAUACUUUUCAUCGCAAUAUUUCCUCCCAGUUAUCAGCAAUUCAUGUUUUGUGAUUAUGCAGCCAGCAUAGUAUAUGCUUUGCAUUCAUCCCUAAUACAAGGGAUUUUGCAGUAGCAGUUACUAUAAAUAGAGUGAUGGUCAUCUCUGAAUUAGUAUUUCUUUGUAUAUAAACAAAUAGUGGUACUGACCAUCACCUCAGCAAGGCAGUCGUCUUUACUGGAAACAUACGUAGUUAGCUUAGAAAGUUCACUGUAAGCAGUUGAAUUCUGAGCAAUUUAAUAUAACCUGAGUUCUAUAAAUUACAUAGGCCCACCAGUGGACAAGUGGUUAAGAGUACUGAAAGUUUGACCCAGGUUUGUUCCUAGGUGAGUAAGUUAGCUGCAUUGCUGGUUUUUCCCAUUCCAUAGUAACGUGAAUACAAGCCAGUUUGUCUUAGAAAGGCCUGCAUGAAGCCAUUCCUCAGUAGGCUGGUAUCCCUUGUCUAUUUUGUCAUAUUCAAAUAACCUAAUCUAACUUAUAAACUGCACAUUAAGUUCAGAAAUCACAUUUGACUCUGUAUUCUUGUUCAAGAUAAUAAUCUUCUUUAAUAUCUUUUUGUCUUUGUGCGUUUUAUUUUCUUCCACAAAUGAUUCGUGAUGGUAUGCUACUAUGAUUUUAAGACCAUACUUCAGACUAUUAAUUUGCCCUCUUACCAUAUUAAAUUACUCAAUUUAAGUAUUUUUUUUUAAAAAUUUACACAAUUUGGAGAAUGUAAGUAAAAAAUACCCCCUAAAAAUGUAGAUAAAGUUUAAUAUUUUGCUGUAAAAUUAGCUGAAAAGAAGUAUGCUUUAAAAUUUGUAUUUGCAUUAUUUUAUGCAACUUACGUACAUAUUAAAAGUUAUAUUAAUGAUACAUCAGUACCUUGCAUAUUGAAUGAAAAAUUUGUUAGGUAAGUAGAUAGGCAGUAUUAAUUGGGAAAUGAUAAUUCAGAUGCUGAAGAAUCAGUAUCUAAUUUUUCCAGCGAAGAGGAUUCGAGGCUGGAUUAUGUUGCUUACAACCAUGCAAAAGAAUCAAGCUCCUAAAUUACUAAUCAAAUUCAAAAUUAUCUUUUACAAAAUAUUAAUUUUUAAGUACAAAACUUUCAGUAUUUGGUUGGUUACAACCCAAUUAGCACUUGUAUAUAUGUAUGUAUAUAUAAUAUAAUUGAGCAAGUGAAUGGAUAUGUGUAUAAGCUAUAGCAGAAAAAUUAAGGUAAAUGUUCCAAGUAUUUCAUAAGUAUUUAAUUCAUUUUGAACUUUUUAUGAAUCAUGCUAGAAUUAUAAAUUAGUACGCAUUUAUAUUUUUAUUAAAAUUUUUAAUUAUGGAACAUAUAAAGCAUAGACUUUUUUCUUUUAUUUCUAUACACUUUUAUUAUUAAUGUACAUGGACCUUUUCUGUUCUGUCCUGAAAAGAUAGUCUUCCUGUUUUGAAAAAUAGGGACCGGGAGAUCAAUUUCCUAUGUUUCUUAAUCAAAUUUAUUAGUAAUUAUAUUGAACUUCAUAGUGGUGGAAGCAUUUGAUAAAAUUAAAAAAAAAAUUAUUUAAAAUUUAUUAUUAUAAAUAUCUACUCAUUUUUAUAAAAUAGAUUUGAAAUAUACAUAUAGUAGUUCUGAAUAAUUUUAAAAACAAAAAAUUUGCUAUACUUUAUUAUCCAUUCAAUGCUUUAGCAAAGAAGCAUUUAAAUAUAGGUUUACUUUUAAAACAACUUUUUAAGUUAUAUUCCCAAGAUUUUAAUUAAAGAAUUUGAUGAGUGUUGUAUAUAAGAGUUCUUUGUCAUGUGCAUUUGAAUGACUAGAUGUUUAGUUUAUAUUUGUUAUUUGUAAAUAAAUUUUUGGUCUAAAUAUAACAAUUAUCUUGAAGAGAAGUUUUAAAUUAUUCCCAAGUGCAUAGUUAAUUUCUUUCUAACUAAACUCUGUAUGCAGCAUUUAAAUACCACUUACAUCUGAGAUUAAUAGGAAAUGCUCAAUUUUUUCCCAUCUGAAACAUGAGUAAUCUAGAAGAUACUUAUAUUUUUAUUAAUCAUGGAUGUAUGUACUAUGAAAUAAAAAAAAGGAACAUAUUUCUUGUGAUAUAUUUAAAUGUUUUAUUUUCCAUGAGUAAAUAAAAAUAAAUCAAGUGAUCUAAGUGUGUAAAAGUAUUAUGAACUCGUAUCUAGUCUAAAAAAAAAUUACUACUAUUUAUAUGAAAUAACUUGUUUAGGGUCAGAUUUUUUGUUACCUUUUUGUGAUUCGUCAAGAAAUUUAAAAAACUAGAUGCUUAAUCAAUUUUCCCCCCCUCUUUCAACAGAAAUUAAACACAGUUCUGUCUUUUAAAAAUUUCUUGGUUAAAGAAGCUGCAAGUCUCUUAUUUCAAAGCAGAUUUCAUUGCAUUUCAAAUCUGCAUAAUUAAUGUUAUUUCUUAAUUAAAAAAAGGCUUGCGAAGGUAUUUAAAAAUUGUAAAUUUUGUAAUUUGUAAAAUAUUUGUAAUUUUUCUAUGUUAUAUUGUUAAUAAAAUAUUAUUCCCAACA